CGCGCAUUUUUUUGCAAAACGUUCGUCUGGCGGAAUUUGGCGAUAUAAAUGUGUUAAAUUAUUUAGUAAGGCGAGCAAUUAUUUGAACAACGCAUUCAGUUUUAGUUGACAUCAUGUCGAGCUUUGUGCUGGAUAAAGAAUCAUUUGUGCGUCGAAUAAAACGCCUCUAUACAGAAUGGAAGGCGCCGAGCACUGGCCAUGAUGAUGCGCUGAGUAAUCUGGACUGCAUCAUGAGCGUAGUGGGUGUGGACGAAGAUGUUAUCUACUCCAAAUCCAUGGCACUCCAGCUCUGGCUCCUUGGCUAUGAGUUGACGGACACAAUUUCGGUGUUUGCCUCGGAUGCCAUCUAUUUUUUGACCAGUAAGAAGAAAAUCGAGUUCCUCAAACAGGCUCAAAACAUCAGCGAAGAGGGUGUACCCGAAAUAAAGCUACUCGUCCGCGAUCGUAAUGAUAAAGAUCAGGCGAACUUUGAGAAGCUCAUCAAGACCAUACAAGACUCGAGGAAGGGCAAACGCCUGGGCGUCUUUACUAAGGAUGCUUUUCCGGGUGAAUUUAGUGAAUCCUGGAAAAAGAUGCUCACGGCCGGCAAGUUUGAACAUGUGGACAUCAGCACGAUUAUUGCGUAUCUGAUGUGCCCCAAGGAUGAGUCAGAGAUAAACAAUAUACGUAAAGCUUCGUUGGUUUCCAUGGACAUAUUCAACAAAUAUCUAAAGGAUGAAAUCAUGGACAUCAUCGAUUCGGAUAAGAAAGUUAAACACACCAAGUUGUCGGAUGGCUGUGAAGCAGCUAUUGGAGAGAAGAAAUACACCAGCGGACUGGAUCCCCGAUUAUUGGACAUGGCCUAUCCGCCCAUUAUUCAGUCGGGCGGCGCUUACAGCUUGAAGUUCUCUGCGGCUGCUGACAAAAAUCAUUUGCAUUUCGGUGUGAUUGUGUGCUCGCUGGGCGCGCGCUACAAAUCCUACUGUUCCAAUAUAUCGCGUACAUUUCUGGUGAAUCCCACGGAGGCAAUGCAGGACAAUUACACGUUUCUGGUAAAUGUGCAAGAGGAAAUACUCAAACUGCUUGUCCCAGGCGCCAAACUGUGCGAAGUGUAUGAGAAAACGCUGGCCUAUGUGAAAAAGGAGAAGCCCAGCAUGGUGGAGAAUCUAACGAAGAGCUUUGGCUUUGCCAUGGGUCUGGAAUUUCGAGAGAAUUCCAUUGUCAUAGGGCCCAAGUGCAAGGCGCUCAUUAAGAAGAAUAUGGUCUUCAAUUUGCACGUGGGCAUUUCGAAUUUAACCAAUCCCGAUGCGGCCGACAAGGAGGGCAAAAACUAUGCUCUUUUUAUUGGGGACACUGUGUUGGUUGGCGACCAGGCGCCAGCCAGUGUAAUGACACCAUCCAAGAAGAAGAUCAAAAACGUUGGCAUCUUUAUCAAAGACGACGACGACGAGGAGGAGGAUGUGGAUGAUAAGAAGACAACCAAGUCAGAUCAUAGCACUGAAAUACUCGGUCGCAGCAAGCGCAACGCUGUCCUAGAUUCCAAGCUGCGCAACGAGAUUAACACCGAGGAGAAGCGCAAGGAGCAUCAGCGUGAGCUCGCCCAGCAGCUCAAUGAGCGCGCCAAGGAGCGCCUGGCCAAGCAGGGCAACUCCAAGGAGGUGGAAAAGGUGCGCAAAAAUACCGUCUCCUAUAAAUCCAUGAGUCAAAUACCACGAGAGCCAGAGGUCAAGGAGCUGAAAUUGUAUGUGGACAAGAAGUAUGAGACGGUCAUAAUGCCCGUCUUUGGCAUACAGGUGCCGUUCCACAUAUCCACCAUUAAGAACAUUUCGCAAUCCGUCGAAGGCGAGUACACCUAUCUGCGCAUCAACUUCUUUCACCCAGGUGCCACCAUGGGACGCAACGAGGGUGGACUCUAUCCGCAACCGGAGGCGACCUUUGUUAAGGAAGUCACCUAUCGCAGCUCAAAUAUGAAGGAGCACGGUGCCGUAGCUGCUCCAUCAGCCAAUCUAAACAAUGCGUUCCGUCUCAUUAAAGAGGUGCAGAAGCGAUUCAAGACCCGCGAGGCCGAGGAGCGUGAAAAGGAGGAUCUUGUGAAGCAGGAUACGCUCAUAUUGUCACAGAACAAGGGCAAUCCCAAGCUAAAGGAUCUGUACAUACGCCCAAAUAUUGUGACGAAGCGCAUGACUGGCAGCCUGGAGGCGCACACCAAUGGAUUCCGUUACAUCUCCGUGCGCGGCGACAAAGUGGACAUUCUGUACAACAACAUCAAGAGCGCAUUCUUUCAGCCCUGCGAUGGUGAAAUGCUUAUCCUGUUGCACUUUCAUCUCAAAUAUGCGAUUAUGUUUGGCAAGAAGAAGCAUUUGGAUGUGCAGUUCUACACGGAGGUGGGCGAGAUCACCACAGAUCUGGGCAAGCAUCAGCAUAUGCACGAUCGCGACGAUUUGGCCGCCGAGCAGGCGGAACGUGAACUGCGCCACAAGCUGAAGACGGCAUUCAAGAGUUUCUGUGAGAAGGUCGAGGCGAUGACCAAGGCGCAGGUUGAAUUCGAUACGCCGUUCCGUGAACUGGGUUUCCCGGGUGCUCCAUUCCGCAGUACGGUCACACUCCAGCCGACGUCCGGCUCAUUGGUCAAUCUCACAGAGUGGCCGCCAUUUGUCAUCACGCUGGACGAUGUGGAGCUGGUGCAUUUCGAGCGCGUUCAGUUCCAUCUACGCAACUUUGACAUGAUCUUCGUGUUCAAGGAGUACAUCAGGAAGGUGGCAAUGGUUAAUGCCAUACCUAUGAACAUGCUCGAUCACGUCAAGGAGUGGCUGAAUUCCUGCGACAUUCGUUAUUCUGAGGGUGUCCAAUCGCUCAACUGGCAAAAGAUUAUGAAGACCAUCACCGAUGAUCCCGAAGGUUUCUUCGAGCAGGGCGGCUGGACGUUUUUGGACCCGGAAUCGGGCAGCGAGGAUGAUAACGAAUCCGCCGAGUCUGAGGAGGAUGAGGCUUACAAUCCCACAGAUGCUGAGUCCGACGAUGAGACCGAUGAAGAUGAUUCCGAAUACUCUGAGGCUUCCGAAGACGAAAGCGAUGAUAGCGAUGAUCUGGGCAGCGAUGAGGAAUCUGGCAAGGAUUGGUCGGAUCUGGAGCGUGAAGCCGCCGAAGAGGAUCGCAACAACGAUUACAAUGUGGAUGAUAAGCGCAACGGCAAAUUCGAAUCGAAGAAGCACAGCAAGAGCUCAAAGCACAGUCGUCGCGAGCGUGAGGAGCAGCGAUCGUCGCACAGUAAAAAGCAUAAGUCGAAUUCCUCCUCUUCUUCACAUUUAAAAUCCUCCAGCUCCAAACAUGGCAGCUCAUCUAGCCCAUCGAAAUCGUCGUCGAAGGCUUAUCAUAAUCGCGACAAGCAUCAUUCCUCCUCAUCGUCGGGACACAAAAGCAGCAGCAAGGAUAAGGAUCGCAAGCGUUCGCGCGAGGACAGUCGGGACAAUGGCCACAAAUCGAAGAAGUCUCGACGUUAAGGAUACACACACACACAUGCACACAACUAGCAGUAAUACUGGAACACACACACUAAACACACACACACACACACACACAUACAAUCUACCAUAACCCUAGGUUAAUAGCUGUCUAUUAUGCAUACAUCCUGUACAUUUCGAUCGAUAUACACACUCACGCACACACACUCGUGCAGACACACACACACA